GAAGUUACAUCGUUUCCGGGAACAAGCCGUUAAAUCCCUCCUUUCAGGAAGAUUCAGCCAGGAAGUUCGACGGGACCUCGUUCACCAGGCCUGCGUCGCGUCGUCUGGCUCGCGAGAACCGAGAAGCCGAAGAGGACAGGGUCUGCACGGAAAGAGGAGCACGGGUGGAUGCUGGCGCAUGCUCCUCCUCGAGCGAAACACUGCUCCAGGUGCAACAGGGAAUCCAUAUCGAAACGCAGGUGCGCGGUUCAGCGCGGCCGUUGACGGACUCCGCGAGGUGGCCAGGCGGAGGUCAAGAGUAGGCCAAGAGUGGACCAGGGGUAGGCCAGGAGCAGGGUAGGCCAGGAGGAGACCAGGAGGAGACCGGGUGGACGCCGGCCGUCGGCUCGACGAGAGGCGUCGCGACGCAGCUUCCUCGGGACAGGCGCGAGAACUCUCCCUCCCUCCCGCCCUCCCUCUCGUGGGUGGUCUCUGCCACGGUUGGUAGCACGUGCCGCUGGCAGUCGCGUGUCACUGCUCGCCGGCAGACAGCCGAAAACCCGAGAGCUCCGCCGACUGUCGCCUUUGACCCUCGCGGCCGACCCCGGCUAAUUGCCGCCGAGCUUUCCCGCAAUCGGCGACGCGAGUGCUGCGAGCGUGGCUGGGAGCGAGGCCGAGAGAGAACCGGAGCGAUUGUGAGUUCCGCGAGGGAGUGCGUGAACGUCUUGUGUGAACGGAGGGAUGGGACACGUGGGGCGAGGCUGAGAGAAGACGGUUCGACGAGCGGACAGGUGGUUCUUUCAGAUCUUCCGAACUUCUUCUUCGUCUUCUUACGUUGUCUUCUGUCGGAUUGCUCGCUGUAAAUUCGCUGCGAUCGACUUGAACCGGGCGCUGAUCGCUGUCAGAUUUUUAAGGGUUGCUAGAGGGGGAUGACUUCUGUGGUGCGAGCAUACGAACGAUCGUUCGGUUAGGGGAACGUUAGGGUUACGUCUGUGCGGCGUAGGACCCAUCGUCGUGGCAAAAGGAUCGUUUGACGCGCAAGAUUGGACACCGUUGAACAGGUGUGCGAAGAUCGAGCAUCCUAGAGCUGUGAAUAGUUGGAUCGCUCUUUUAUCUCCGACCGCUUCGAACCGCUUUCGACCAUUUGAAUUUAAUCAACUCGCUGCAAUCUCCUUACAAGUUGCUUAGUACCUGCUAACACCGUGCCGAAAGCUUCGAGGAAGUUAGGUGAGGCAGCCUAUUCAGCGAAUUCGACGAGAAUGUGACCUCCGAAGCGGCGAAAAAAAGAGAUGGUCACGUGGGAUCGAGGCUACUGCCGAGCUGGAUAGACGGCCAGGAGGUUUUACCGAGGAUUGGACGCUUCGAAACUCCUAGAUCGGCUUUAAACCGUCUUAGAUCGUCGCAGGCUCGACCCUAAUUCCCGCCACCUGGCUAAUACCAAUGAAAAGUAUAUAUGGAGUCGAUGCGGAGAAGAUGAUCUAGACUUCAAAGUGCUCUCGAACGAGAAUAAACAGGCAGCAUCGACGGUAUCGAUCGACGCUCUAGAUCGUUUUUUGAUCCCGGUCGCCUUUGUAUCGUCUCCGACGGAUUUGGACUAGGCACUAAUUGUUACCACUGCUGCUAACUGAUUCUAAGCUGCUUAUUAUUAGCGAACUAGGCAUUGGAAGCGCAAGAGGAAGUUGGGGCAAGCCGUAUAAGCAGCGAAUUGCCCGUGAAUGUGCUCCAACCGGUGAACAAAUAAGCCGUUACGUAUAAAGUAUUUAGCUGUACAAACGGGCGGACCGAGUAUCGGCAAAUUGGCUCGUUUUUAAUCCGCUGUACUAACUACCGACAGAUUCUGAUAGAUUGUUUAAUAGUAAUAACACGAAUGUCGAAGGAUAAACGCCAAAGCCUAACGCAUUGGACGCGCUUUAAACUGUCCCCUAUUUACGGCUAAUUGCUGUCACGUUCUAACAGACUGUCCAACGCUCGUUAAUUCGGUGCAGAAAACUUAGAAAAAGUAGUUUAAACAGUACAUAUAUAUAUAUACACCUGCCUCCAAUUUACUAUUAAUUGCAGAAAAAUUAGAGAAGAUUGGAGGAGGCAGUCCUUAGGGUGUGACUUUUCUGAAAGAGCGUAUUCGCGCUCGAUCCAUUUUAAUCAUCGGAAACGCUCGUUACCAUUUACCAACGACUCGACCAAAAUUCACGAAACUCGUGUUUCCGUCUUGAAAAAGGUCGCGGGACACUUUCGAGAAGAAAGGUUACGCGGAAGCUUCGGGCGUAACCUUCCGUGCGAACGAAAAUCGAUCUCGAUCGAGUCUAUCCGAGGGUUCGGCUCCGCGGCAGAUGGUUCGAAGAUCGACGGAUCGCGUGGAUCGGCCAGUCGACAGACAGAUGGAUUCCGAGGCGAGCAAAGUUUCGAAACUCGUUUCCGGAAGCUAUUAAACCCUGAUUAUAGGAGCGAGCUGCUUCGCUGCGUUCCCGGCGCGCGAUUCCUUGCGAACGGGUUCCUCUGGAAAAUCCUGGAACCAGCGAGGAGGGUCUUCGGGUCCGAGUGUGUUCGCGUUCGAAGGUUGACGAAGUUCCGCGGAACUUGUCCCCGAUAUAGUUCCGCCGUCGAAUCGCGACAGCAGCCGAGUGCCUUUUGUCUCCCGGCGACCCUGAGGACUUGAACAGUUACCGAAGAUCUGUCUCGCGGUUGGGAUCUCGGCGUAGCUCGCGCAGCUUUCAGGAACGCUCGGGAACGGGCUCUGCCAUUGUCUCGCGUUAACAACGAACUUUAACGCGAAGCGUUUCGGGCUUAUGAACAUGAAUGGAACGAGAGCCGAUUCUCUUGAAUCCCUUUGGCAGGAUCGAUACCGGAGGUCGUUGAGCCUUGGACUAUCGGCCUGGCGAACCCUUCGCGCAAAGGGCAACGGCUCGGCGAAUUAAACCGUCGCUUCUAAAUCCUGAAGUUCACCGGUCUGCCCAUCCCGGCGCCGUUCGAAGAAGAGCAAUAAGGCGGCACGAAGGUUCGCCGUCUUUUUUAGCGACGGUGUUUGCGGACAGAGGCAAUCAAGAGCGUCGUUAAGGGCAUCGGUCGGAUCGAACGUUUCGCUCUUAAUCCCCCCGUAGAACUCCUGGACCCUGGCAGAAGGAUCCCCUUCUGCGGGGAUUAACCGCGACCCUCCUUUGCGGCCAAAGGAUCCAAGGGACCCGAGGAUCCGCGGUUGGGAGAAUCUUCGACCGGAUUCGCGAGAAGAAUACGCGGAAUAAUCGCCGAGGCAAAUAGAUCGUUUGAAAGUCGCCGCAGGUUCGCGUUCGUUCGUUCGUGACGCGAAUCCUGCUGCCCUAAUUAACGCGUUCUUACGGCCGGCGGUGUUCCGCAUGCUGCUGCCGGAGGCUUGUAAACGAUAGGGAGAGCCCGGCCCUGAAAUCAUCGAGGAGAACAGGAUUCUAGCGGCCAGGAUUAAGACCGUACCCCCGGGGGCCGAGGAAAAAUAUUGCUGGAAAUUGUCGUCGUCUCGGCCGAGGAUUUUGCUGUUGUAAUUAACGUGGUCCGACGUCCAGCUUCGCGUUGCAGUACCUGCAAACAAUGGGUGACAGCUUGGAUUUAGGAGUUCAUGCUGGAGACAAGGUGUAAUCAGCGGAGAUUAAUGCUUGUACCCGAAACCAUCGGAGAGUUGCGUUUGUGCACCGAGGAUUUAGAAAAAUACCGCUGCAAAUUGCUCCGAGGAUCUUUCAACCGUCUUGAUUAACACCGUCGCGUAUCGAGUGGCUUCUUCAAACGUCCGCUUUAACCAGAAGAAAUAUUAUUCGAAGCAGCACUCGUAUAUCUUUGCGCAUCCAAAGGUAUCGCGGUGUACCGAGCAGAUUCAAUUAAUAUUGCGAGGUCGUUGGGUUGCACCCUCGGCAAACUCGCCCUGAUCGAUCUCUUCGGUCUAAUCAACGGCCAACUUUCGUCCAACAGAUCAAGAUCCACGGAAAGCCGAGAUCAACGGUUCGAAAUCAAAACCAACGAUCCAACCUCAGGCUCCCAAAACGAUUCGAGCUUGGAAGCCGCCCAGGGUCCAGGUAGCCUUCGAACACACCUUUUAUAGAGCACACCGACAGGAAGUUCGUCCGCUGUUCCGUUUCUCGAUCGCGAAAGUGAAACUGGUUCCGGAAAGGGUUUUGGGUGAAAGAAGGUGACAGUGCGCCGUUCAGUAUCGACCAGCGGAAACGAUCGGGCCUCGGGAUCAUGGCCUGGCUGGAGGGCAACGAGACCUCGGACAGUGAUAAUUACGUGCUGAGGGCGUUGAACCACAUCAACAAGCUGAUGAACGAGUCGCGCAGCGCCGAGGCGAUGAUGUGUCUCGAGCUGAACCAACGUGAAAAAAUGGAGCGGCUGUCCCUCGGCAGGGACCCGGAAGAGGAGCAACAGGGAUGCGAAAUUAACUGGGACUCGUUGCUCUGCUGGCCUAGAACGCCGCCGGGAACUCUGGCCACCUUGUCGUGUAUCGAGGAGCUGAACGGCAUCCGGUACGACAGCACACAGAACGUGAGCCGUUGGUGCUUGCCCGAUGGGACCUGGAGCAACUAUUCCAACUACAGCCUCUGCAGAGACGUGCACGAGACCUCGAUCGAAGGCGGAACGGAAAUCGUCUCGACCACGAUCUACUUCAUCGGUUACAGUCUCUCCCUGUUCACCCUGAUAGUCGCCGUCUCCAUUUUCCUCUACUGCAAAGAGCUGAGGUGCACCAAGAACAACAUCCACACGAACCUGAUGCUAACCUACAUCCUGGCGGACAUGAUGUGGAUCCUGAACAACGUGAUGCAGGUGUCGAUGCAGCCGGACAUACCAACCUGCAUAAUCUUCCUCUCGUUGCUGAAUUACUUCCAGCUGACCAACUAUUUCUGGAUGUUCGUGGAAGGAUUGUACCUGUUCCUGCUGGUCGUGAAAACCUUCACCGCGGACAACAUCAAGCUGCGACUGUGCCUCGUCAUCGGCUGGGGCAUGCCGGUGCUGUUCAUCACGGCGUGGGGGAUCGCGAAAUCGCUCGAUCAGAAUAUCAUGGUGCAGGCGCAUCAGGAAAUCGUGCUGGGAAAGCAUUGUCCCUGGAUGGUAUCGCAUCCUUACGACUGGUUCUAUCAGGCACCGGCCAUUCUGGUGCUCUGCGUGAACGUGGUCUUCCUCGUCAUGAUUAUGUGGGUGCUGAUAACGAAACUCUGGUCAGCGACGAACGCCGAGACGCAACAGUAUCGGAAAGCUAGCAAAGCGCUGCUCGUCUUGAUACCUCUCCUCGGCGUUACCUAUGUGCUCGUCCUGAUGGGGCCCACCGAGGGUCAGGUUGCUAAUGCAUUCUCCUAUACUCGGGCCGUGUUACUUUCCUCCCAGGGCCUGUUCGUAGCGCUGUUUUAUUGUUUCCUGAACACGGAAGUGCAAAACACAGUGAGGCAUCACAUUGUACGAUGGACGACCGCCCGUGAUCUGGAUACCGAAAGAAGGUAUUAUAACAAUUGGUCACCCCGUUCGAGAACAGAGAGUAUAAGAUUGUAUUGCCCUCCGUCGAAUCCGUAUCGAAAAAGAGACUCCUCUGUUAGCGAAACGACCACCACGACGGUGAUCGGCGUGAAUUCGACGACCACGUUUCUGGAUAAAUCAAAGAAAGCCAUCUCCGAAGAUCAGAACGAAUAGAGACAAGAUCCGUAAAUGUUGCUUGAUCCGGAACGAUUGAAUGCGAUCUAGCUUUUUGCACGGAAACGGCAACGAGAUUUUUCGUUUCUUUGUUUUCUAGGAGGAUGAUGGUUUUGGAGAAAUCAUAAGAUCUGAACGUACGAGACAAUGCUUCAACAGUUUUUUUAUUUGGAAUCUCCGUUGCGCUCUCGACCGAACUUCUUCAUUGGUCUCUCACGCUCGCCAUUCACACAUCUCAUUCAUGCCUUCUUAGUUCUUUCCCUUUUCUUUCCAUUCGACUCAUUUCGUUUCAACAAAUGCAUUUCGUUUUUUUUUUGUACCAAGGAAAUUGAUUUCUGUUUCGUUUUUUUUUUUUUUAAUGCUAUGACACCCCUCAAAUUUCCACAAGUGGACUCCUGCAAAAAAAAAGAAAAAGACGUAAGAUGCUUUCGGUCGACGACAAAAGGGAACAUGAUUGAUCCAUAUAGAGAGAACUGUUCCGAACAGUUUGAUUAGAACGUAGAACAGAAAGAUUAUUCCUAUUUAUCGAGCUGC